AUGAUGUUGCAGAACCUUAGCUUCUCGAAGCUGGCGACGCUGGCGCUCAGCGCUAGUGCCGUUGUGGCCCAGAACAUCAAGCAGAGCCAGCCAAACAUCGUCUUCAUCUUGACUGAUGACCAGGACGAACAGCUUGGUUCCCUCGACUACAUGCCGUUUGUGCAGAAGCAUUUUGUGAAGGAAGGAACCUACUAUCGCAAGCACUUCUGCACCAUUUCGAUUUGCUGCCCGUCUCGUGUCAGCUUGUUGACCGGCCAGGCUGCGCACAACACCAACGUUACUUACGUCACCCCUCCUCACGGCGGUUACCCAAAGUUCGUUUCUCAGGGUUACAACGAGAAGUACCUUCCUGUCUGGCUUCAGGAUGCUGGCUACAACACCUACUACACCGGAAAGCUCUUCAACGCCCACAGCACUGACAACUGGAACGACCCCCACCCUAAGGGAUGGACUGGCAGCGACUUCCUUCUUGACCCAAACACGUAUCUGUACCUGAAUGCGACGUUCCAGAGAAACGACAGCCCUCCCCAGACCUACCCCGGCGAGUACAGCAACGACCUGGUUGCUGAGAGGGCUCUGGGAUUCUUGGAUGAUGCUCUCAAGUUCAACGGCAGCAAGCCAUUUUUCGUUGGCAUUGCUCCCAUCGGUCCUCACAACAACGGUCUUGGCGGCGAAACCAGCGCCGGUGCCACGCCCCCUAUCCCUGCGAAGAGACAUGAGAACCUCUUUGCCAAUGUCACUGUGCCCCGAACUUACAACUUCAAUCCUGAGAAGCCCAGCAUGGCCAACUGGGGUCUGAUUAUCCCCCAACUCAACGCUUCCGAGAUCGCCUACGGCGACAACUACUACCGCCGCCGUCUCCAAACGCUGCAGUCUGUUGACGAGAUGGUCGACGCUGUCUUCAAGCGUCUUGAGGAGGCAGGUGUUCUCGACAACACAUACGUCAUCUUCACCUCCGACAACGGUUUCCACAUCGGCCAGCACCGUCUCAAGCCCGGAAAGACCUGCGCUAUCGAGGAAGACAUCAACGUUCCUUUCCUCAUCCGUGGACCUGGAGUGCCCAAGGGAAAGACAGUCGAAUUUGUCACCACGCACACCGAUAUUGCACCGACCAUCUUCUCCAUUGCCAAUAUCACGCUGCGUGAGGACUUUGACGGUUCUCCUAUCCCGUUCUCGGACGAUGGCAUUGCGAAGGCGCAAAAUGAUCCCAAGCACGAUCACGUCAACGUCGAAUUCUGGGGUACCCAGCGUGGAUACGAUGUUUUCGGAGGAGUUUCUGCGAACAACACGUACAAGGCCAUGCGUGUCCUCGGCGAUGGCUACAGCUUGUUCUACUCCAAAGAUCCGGGCCAAAUGGAUAACCUGGCAGGUACUGCCACUGGUCAGCUUCUGGGCCGACCUCUGUCUGCUGUACAAGACCGCCUCGACGCGCUUCUAUUGGUUCUCAAGAGUUGCAAGGCUGAGAGCUGCAGACUUCCUUGGAAGCAACUUCAUCCCGAGGGAGGUGUUGCCAACUUGCACGACGCUUUGGAUGCCAAGUACGACGACUUCUACUCUGGGCAACCCAAGAUUUCCUUCUCGGACUGCAAGGAUUUCUACGAUAUUAGCUCUGAGGGACCUCAAGACACGUUGGUUUACUACGACCCGUGA